AGGUGCUUGUUCGUUCAAAAAAACCUGGCAGGGAAGAUGGUUCCAAAGCGGUGUACCAAACUACCUUUUCAUUAAUAGUACCUACAUAGAAACCAAAGGAGAGUGUUACGAGGAACAGGGUGACAAAUUCUUAGUUUAUGAUAAAUCUGAUGACUGCUAUAGGUGCAUGGUGAUUCAUCCGAAACACGCAAGCGUGCUACAGUAUAAAGAAACUUACUGCGAAUCCAAAGCUUCCCUAGCCGAAAUAUGCCAGCUGAUAACUGGCGAUGCGCCCCUUUACAGCCUCUUCAGGAAGCAUCCUGAGGCUAAACCAAUUCCUUGCCCCUUCAAGAGCGCCCCCUUUACUUUCAGCUACAACAGAAUGACUGGAGACUGCAGCAACCCACCCAGCAAGGCCGAAAGUUGUACGGACGAUUCCAGAUUGGUGCUAAAAUAUCAAGCGUGUCCGGACGUGCCUUCCACGGAAAGUAACGUGGAGGAACUGGUGUGUUUAGCCACGUGGAAAGAGGGCUCUACUAGGUAUUUAAUUGGAAAAAUUUCGCAACCUAACAGAAGGAGUGCGUCUGAUGAAGACCAGUAUCGAUGUUUUAUUUAUCAGAGAAGUACUGAAAAUGGAAAAACUAUUUACAACGUCGCGCAAAGCGGCGAUGCCACUUGUACGGGAUUGGAUCCGACUGCUUUUGAAGGUAGCAGAACGAUGAAGCUCAUUACAGUGGACGAUCAACACAAACGGUGCAAGUUUCCGAUAUGGAUCACCGAUCACCACACUUGGCUGAGUUUGGACCAUCACAAGACCUUUAAGUUUUCCCAAAGGAACGCCACGUUGAAGAUCCUGGACGAUGAACCACCGAAAAACAACAAAGUCCAACCGAACUUCGCACAAGCCUUCGCCUUUGAGGAAUUCGGAUUCCAGUCGCAGGAACAAAGGAAACCAAACUCGGAAAUGCGCUUGGUGUGUCACGGAAUUCUGCAACAGCAGGAACAGAAGAAGGUGCAGAUCGUGGCUCAUGUCACAGCAGGAUGUGAUAGCGGAUAUGUGUGUAUGGUAUUCUACAAGAGGGAUUCUAACGUUAUAGAAAUACAGCAAACUGAAAAUUAUGUAGAGAAUCCAGAUGAGGCGUGCGCAACAUUUGAUGCUUCUACUACUCCUUUCACGACGCUGAUAACAACUACGCUUCAUGCGAAGAAAUGCCCACAUUUAGGACGCUACACGAUAGCAACCGUUUCAACACAAGCCGAAAAAAGAAAAAGAAGGCAAGAACCAGAAAACAAAAACGUAGCUGCCAAUCAAGAACCUGAUUGCGUUUCAGACUAUUACGAAACGUUAUCGGUCGGUUGCAGUGGUUCCCACGAGAUGGAGCUGAAAUCGACGUGUUCGCAAGAACCUUUAUCUUACACUUGCCACGGAAGUUGGGAAGAGAACGGCAUUUCUUACGUCAUCACUACGCCCCAAUCGAAGAAAUCUACCGAAGCCAAAUACUGCUUCAUGUACAAACAGGAUCAAGUUAAUUCUCCCAUCAUCGAAGGCAUUUUAAUCAAAGGCGUUGAUCUGCCGGUGUUGCGGAUGUCAGGCGUCACGGAGAGUUGCCACAGGCAUAUUGUACCGGGUGUUACUGGCAACUGGGCGUUUAAUUUCACUAGUAAUGGUACAUGCCAAGAAAGUUCUGAAAUAAGCUCAAGCCAUCUACUAGUGCCGACCGUGUUGUUAGUAGCUCUUUCCCUGGCGUCAAUAUUAAUUAUGAGAUGAUGAAGAAAGACAGUUUUACACACUUUAUCUGAAUACUAAGUGUUUUCUUGCACCCUUGUAAACACUAGUGGGUAUUUUUGUAAUUAAUUUUAUUCCUAUGUUCGACGAAACAAAAAAAAAACAAAUAUAUAGAAAUAUUUCUGCUGAUCGAAGUUUUUCAAAUUGUUAAAAAGUUUAGGUAUUGUUUUAGAUUAUACAAAUGGGCCUAAAAUUGUAAGACGGUAGUAAUAUUUCUAUAGAUUAGGAAUCUGUAGUCAAUUUUUUAAUAGUUUUCUGUUUGUAACUGCGGUAUAGUCAAGAAAUUGCGUCAUUUCUAUUCGGGUAAUACCAAUAAAAUGUCUUUUAAAUAAUCAAGUUUGGAAUUUGAUUCAGAUUAUGCAGAAUAUUUAUAAAAUUUGAACAUGUGGGUGAAUAUUUUUCAUUGUUUUUCCAAAAACACUGUUAUUUUUGAUAAACAUAAUAAACCGAAAUUAACGUUAAAAACUGAUUUCUCACACUGAAUUUGAUAUUUUAAAAAUACGUGAGCAAUUUUUUGACUUUAUCUGCGUGAAAUAAAACAAAAUGCUGCAGCUAUUUGGAUUGGAAGGUACGGUGAGCUGUGUUGUGAUUAUUGUUGGCUAUACAUAUUGAUAUUUAUUUUUUAAUUAUUCAUACUUUUAGGAUUUUUGGUGCAAAUUACGAGUUUUUAACCACAUUGAUUAUGAUGUACAAUAAAUGUUAUAAAAAUAAAAUAAUAAUAAUUGAAGGAGCUUUUGCAGUACAACGAAAAAUUCUUUAAAAGUAAUAUUUAAAAAAAGUUUCUGUCUUGCCAAUAUUUUGAAAAAUGUGGUUAAAAACGUCAAAAUAUAUUUUUUAUCGAUGUAGAAAUACGUGUGGGCGUGAAAUGAGUUUUUUAUGGGCUUAUUUUACGCCGUGCUAUACAGGAUGUUCAAAUCAGUACCUCUAAUAUUUGCUAAGAAUUAUUUAAUGUUGAGGGAUAGUGGAAAAGUUCGUACAUAUUUUUACAAUAUCAACGUGUACAGGGUGAGUAUUUUUUUAAAUUAAGGUAAAAAAAACUGUUUAAAAAAUCGUUUAAAUGGACUAAAAAUCUAUAAUAUGGUUAAAUAGGUGUGUGUAAACGACACUUUUGUAUUAUAAAAAAUAUACUUUACAGGGUGAGCCAGAAAAGAUAUACUAGUGCAUCAACAAAUUUUGAAAACUCCUUUCUUUUAAAUUUUUCAUAAAUUUCUGAAAACAAUCGAAAAUUCUUCGUUUUUGCAGACCAAUAUUUUCUCCUAACUUUCCUGGAAAAUUCUCUUUGCGGAAUCGGAAAAAUUUGGAUGUCAGAUUGUCAAGAAUAUUAGUGUAUACGGGAGUUUUCAGUUUUUCCGAUUAAUUUGUCGAAAAAUUGGAAAAAAAAUUGGAAAAUAUAUUUUUUGAAAUUCAUCAAACGAAAGAAAUUUUCCUAAAUGGGUGAACCAGGUGGAAAAUGUGUGAUAAACCACUUUACCAAAGCUAAACUACAAAUUUUCUUACACUAUUCGAUAAGGAAAUUUUAAAAAUGCAUUUAUUUUAAUUUUUUUCAUAAUUUUCUAAAAAUAAAGAAAAUUCUUUUUAAUGGGACUAAAAUUUUCCUCUAAUUUUCCUGGAAUUUUCGCCUUCAGAAUUGAAAAAAUUUGAAUGCAAAUUGUUAAGAAUGUCAAGGUGUAUACGCGACUGUUUAGUUUUUCCGGAGAAUUUGUCGGAAAAGUAAGAAAAUUCAAAGAACGAAUAUAUUUUUAUUUUCAUUAAACGAAACGAAAUUUUCCUAAUCGGAUUAUCGGCUGGAAAGUGUGCGAAAAACCACUUUACCGUAGCUAAAUUUCAAAUUUUCCGACACUAUCCGAUAGGGAGGGAUAUUAAAAAUGCAUUUAUUUUAAUAUUUUCAUAAAUUUCUAAAAGAAAUUAAAAGAAAAUUCAUCGUUUUUACGGGACUCAAAUUUUCUCCCAAUUUUCCUGGAAAAUUCGUCUUCGAAAUCGAAAAAAUUUGGAUGCCAGAUUGUUAAAAAUGUCAAAGUUUAUACGCUAAUUUUUUGUUUUUCCAAAGAAUUCGUCGGAAAAGUAAGAAAAUUCAGAAAACGUAAUUGUUUUUCGAAUUUCAUCAAACGAAAGAAAAUUUUUCGAAACAGAUAAUUCAGCUGAAAAAUGUGUAAAAACCCACUUUGCAAAACGGAUGAAUCAUUUGGAAAAAUUAUGAAAACCCACUUUACUGUAGAUAAAUUUCAAAUUUUCCUACAUUAUUCGAUAGGGACAUUUUAAAAAUGCAUUUAUUUUUUCAUAAAUUUCUGAAAAAAAAAAUAUUUAUUUUAUAUUCAUUUUUUAAAAAUUUUCACAUUUUUUUAUUUCCUCCUCCUCCUCCUGUCAUGUGACACAUCAAUCAACGCGUCUUGUCGAACCGAAUAAUUUUUCUUAAGCUCUUUUUGCUCUAUCUCCUCUUUUAAACAAAGUUUUUCCCGGUAAAGCGUUAAAUCCAAAAUUUCCCCUAUUUUUUUUCUAGGAAAUUUGUUCGAGGUAUCAAGAAAAUUUUGAUGUCAGAUUGUCAAGAAUGUUGAAUGGUAUACGUUUUGUUUUUAAGGAACAGUUGGUCUUGCUGGAAAAUGGGUGGAAAAUCACUUUUCCCGAAGGAAUAUUUAAAAAUUUUCAGUAUGUUUCGACAGAGAAAAUAUCAAUGUUCCGGGACCUUUCGAACCCAAUGAAGUUCGUAACAGACAGACAAAGAACACGUAUAUAAAUUCCAAUAUCAUAUACAGGGAGAGCCAAAAUUUGUAUAAAGUUGAAAUAUACAAAAAUUGCUAUUUUUUACAAAACUCCCUGUAGAAAGAUAAAUAAUCUGUCAAAUUAACUAUGAUUUUGGUAUAUUAAAUAACAGUGUUAAUAAAUUUAUUUUCACAAGUUAAUCUAUGUUAUUAUGACUAGUUUUUUUCUGUAUGGGAUCAAUUUUAUUAAAUACUUCCUUUUGUUUAUGGAAAAACUGCUAAAAGAAAGUCCUCUAGUCAUCUACAUGCCUUCUUCUUUAUUUUUGUGGUUAUCUUUAUAUAGUUAAAAAAAAUGGUCCUCACAAGUUCAUCAAUGUUGUAUUUGUGUUCAGCGUCCAGCAUUGAGUUCAAAGAAAUAUGGUCAUCCUAUCCUUGUUUCUAUAAUAUUGUUCGGCGUUCCAUGUUUAUUGGCAUCCUGUUCCUCGCCCAUCUGGGACAUUUAAAGACAGUAUGUUCAACCGUAUCUUUCGUAAAUUCCAUUGUUGCUUUUUUACCUAUUUUGAGUGAUUUGAGACCAAUUGUGUACUUGAUUUGUAAGCUUUUCUUCCUUGAACUCUAUUUUAAAUUUUUCUUCAUCUUAAAUCUUCCAACUUUUGUUUUACAUCUAAUACGGUUUGUGGUAUGACUGUCAUCGUCAACGUUUGCCAAUUGUUUAUCUUUUGUAUAACGCCUAGUGUAGCUUUAAGAAGAAUUGAGAGAGCUGUGAUGGCAUUAGAAUUUGUAUGUGCGCCGACGAGAGUCAGAAUCUAAUUGAAUUCAAUUCUACCAAUUUGAAUGUCGAAUGCCAUGUGCUACGAUAUCUUAAAUGGUAAGAACAUGUACGGCUAUAGUCUGAAAGUUCAAGGUUCGAUCCCUGGUCGUUGCAAUCAUUUUUUCCUUCUUUAAUUCUCAUUUUUUUCAAUUUUUCUUUGGUUUGUUUUCAUUUUG